GGUCCAUCCUGAACCAGGCCAACAAGUCGGCCAGCUUUAUUAAAAAAAAAACUCCUUUUCGCAGGAGGUGGUUGCUGCAGACUGUGCGUAAUACUGAGAUGCAGGGAAAGUCCCCGAGUUUGUUUUGAGACUGACUGCGCAGCGGAUCUGCAGCCGGGACCAGUGGUAACUUUGAAGGAUGACUUUUGCCAUGCUGCGGCCUGUGGCGACGCACUUAAUCUAUUCGGACUUCACUGUCACGUCCGAGGACGAUGAAAACCGCAGCGAGAGCGACGGCAGCUCGGAGCAAAGUUACUGUGGCUCCACGGAGAAACGAAGACGGAUUUCGCGCAAUCUGGAGGGAGACACCGCGGUGGUCAUAAAGCAGAGGAGCGCAGCUAACGCCAGGGAGAGAGGCAGGACCCAGAGCGUCAACACCGCAUUCACAGCCCUUCGGACUCUCAUACCCACCGAGCCAGUGGACAGAAAGCUGUCCAAGAUCGAAACUCUUCGACUGGCAUCCAGCUACAUUUCCCAUCUGGCCAACGUGCUUCUCAUUGGAGACGGUGGCGCAGACGGACAGCCGUGCCUCGGCGCGGUCCAUGCGCAAGGAGAGAGCGGAGGGAAGCAGCCGAGGACCAUCUGCACAUUCUGUUUGAGCAACCAGAGGAAAGGGAUAAAGGAUGGAAAAGACUGUUUGAAAAUGCGAGGGCUGGGUCCGCUGCGAAUGAGACGCUGACUGCAGACCAGUGGAUGAUUAGCAACCUGAAAAUCCUCAAAGACUUUCUCAGGGAAGAGCCAAAGCUGGUUUUGCAAAGCACACACACGUGUACAUGUACACACGCUGGAUCAAAUGAUGGAACCAAAGAAGAGACUAUUUAUACUUGAUGGAGAAAUUUAAUCCAUAAGCCUUUCAAAGAUGCAGUGCAUUUGUUUGAAACUUAUGACUUUUUGUCCUUUUUUUUGUGAAGUAAAAGUUUUAAAUAAAAUAUAUUUUUAUCAAAAUAAAAGCCAUUUUCACUCU